CAUAGAGGUCUGAGAGAUGAGAGACAGACUUGCACAGCCCAACACAAAGCAUCCCCUUGUGGAAAUGUGCACCCGGUGGACUGAUGUCAUCUUUUGCACUCCUGUGUUGAGUUCUAUCUCCAGCCCUUUGUUUUUUGUUUCCACGUUUAAGCAACUGCAUGUAAACCACACACAUGCAUCAUGUGUUUGUUUCUGCCGUUCGAUAUUUGUCUUCCCGUCAAGUGGAGCUCCGCUCUCUCGCGUGCUGCUAAAGACGUGCGUGUACGUAAUGUGUAUGAAAGUAUAAAAGGCUGAAACAGUUGGCUUUCCCCUGGAGUCCUUCCCACAAAUUCUAUCACUUCCUCUUCUCUCAGUUGACUUGUUAGCGAUUGGCCUGAAGCCAACCAAUAACGCUUCAACUUGACAAAAGCAGUGGGCACUAUCACUGUAACGAUCAAGAAACAGGAAGUCAGGGAAAUUCUAAGAAAUAUUGUGUGUCACUUUCACUCAUACAACCUGAUAUUGACGUGCAACGUUUGACAUUCAAGCAACAGUCCUCGAGAGAAUACAAUAGGAUUUGGUUUGUCUGUGCUUGACCUGGUGGGUAGUGAUCCACAAGUAACAACACUUACUGGUCUGUUCAGAAGAACAAGGCUCCUGGGGCAUGACGACGACAAACAAAGGAAAUAAAGCCUUAAAGGUGAAGCGAGAGCCAGGGGAGAAUGGCACCAGCUUGACAGAUGACGAGCUGGUGACCAUGUCAGUGCGGGAGCUUAACCAGCAUCUCCGGGGGCUCACCAAGGAGGAGAUCCUGCAACUGAAGCAGCGGCGGCGCACCCUGAAGAAUCGGGGCUACGCCGCCAGCUGUCGGGUGAAGAGAGUUACCCAGAAGGAAGAGCUGGAGAAGCAAAAGGCCCAGCUGCAACAGGAAGUGGACAAACUGGCCAAUGAGAACGCUUCCAUGCGCCUGGAGCUGGACGCUCUCAGGUCCAAGUACGAGGCCUUACAGACCUUUGCCAGGACUGUGGCAAGAAGCCCCAACGUGGGGGUCGGAGUCAGGGCUGGAGGGGGAGGAGGAGGGGUGGCGUCAUCAGUCAUUGGUCCACUCAUACCCGGGAAGGCGGCAACGGCGACGAGCGUCAUUACAAUAGUCAAGUCCAAAACAGAUGCGCGGUCUUGAGGGAGGUUUUCGAUUGACAAAGGUGUGUCAGGAUGGAAUUCAGCUGCGUCCAAGAAUUUCUUCUUCUCUGCUUGCCACGCCUCCUUCAUUGCCUCAGUGGCCUGUGUCACUACACUGACUUGACACAGGUCACGAGCGCAGUCAAGGGCGAGACGGAAGCCGAGUAUUUGGUCAGUACUUGCUAACAAAAGGAUCUGACAAUUUGAAGUUGAUCACCCAAAUGAGCUGUUGUAGUCGUGAGGACCCGAUGUUUCCACCAUUCCGUGGCUAAACAAACAGAAGGUAAUGGCACAUUUCUGUGAUGGAUGGAGAGACGGAAUCAUCUGAUAGAUCAUCCAUCUCAUACGACCUGCAAGUUUAAUUGGCUGCAGAUGAGUCCCAUCUAGCUGCAACUUUUUCACAUCAGUCCAACGGAAUCUAGAUCUGAAAGGCAAUUGUGUUACCUGUAUUUUUACUGUUUUGUACCGUGUCGUCAUUCACAUGAGGUUCAAACUGUAUUCUCUGUGUGUGAAUUGUUAAAUAUCAGGAAUUCUGUGAAAUUCGUGAUUGCAUUGGUAUUUGUUCUGUUUGGUCAGUUGUCUUUAGGUUUUUUUUUUUUUUUGACAGUCCUCUCAUUCAUAUUUGCCCUUCCCUUUUGUUCAGUUCCUGUUGGCUUCUACUUCUACACCGGUAGCCAGCAGACGACGGACUUUAAAACCUAGUGGAAACAUAAAUAUAAUAGAAGGGAAAACUAAAUGUGAAAAAAAAAAAUGUUGACACAUCUUCUGUAUGAUUCUCUCCAAGUAGAGUAUACAUUUGAAAACGUUUGGAAGGGCAAGUGCCUUGCAUCCGCUAAUUGAAAUGUUUGGAGAAGAAGAAAAGCUGAAGCGUAUAAUUAUUAUGUUAUAAUAAUUGGGCCGUACCUGUGAUCAAUGGGAUAAACUGUCGUCUGGAUGUCUAUGACAAAAUUAACGCUGCAUCGUUCUAUGAGCUUGUAGUAGCCACUAGUAAUAAUAAUAGUAGUAAUAAUACAAUUGAUGUGAUUUUGCACUUACAUGUGCUGUAUCUACAAAUUUAUUUCAUUGAUUUAUUUCACUAAUUUGAAUAGUUUUUUUAUUUUUUUAGAAAGAUACCUACAUGAAACCGGUGAACAGUAUAGUCUCCAUCUCAGAGUAGUUUAACCAAUAACUGAUAUGAUUAUUUCUCUCUCUCUGUCUCUCCCUCUCUCUCUCUCUCUCUUUUUUUAAUGUGCAUCCACUUUAAUGGGGCGUCACUGACACGAGCUUUACAAAAAAAAAGUCAUCUUACGUGGUGUUCUCUUAAAAAAAGGGGGAAAAAAAGAAUUAAUCAUUGUCCAUGUACGGUAGUGUCUCCAAUUUUAUAAAGACAAUUAGCUUUGCAUUGUUUGUAUUGACCUGUGACAAAUAAGGUAACAAAAUCAGUUUGAUAUACAGUAUCUAUUUUGCAAUUGUACCAAAAGUGGCUUAACUACUGAAUAGCUUUGUUCUUUCUCUAGUGACUAGGCACGUGUGUGUAGCCGUGAACUACUGUGUGGUGUGUUGCGAUGGGGAAACUAUACUGUGUAACUUUCACUGUAUUUGAUGGGUACAACUUUGAUCCUUGUUUGAUUCCAGGGCGAGUGAUGAUGACACAGCUGGUAACCGUGCUUGUUAUAUAGCGUGCCCAGGCCCAUCUCAACAUGUUAUAGCAUCUGGCCAUAAUCUGCCCUUUUGGUUUUUAUGAAGCUCUUUUUAUUUUUUAUUUAUUUAUUUAUUCCGCCGCUCUAUGUCCGCCUUAUGUUCUGCUCUCGUUAGUGCAGACAGUGACCAAUCUCUGUGUGCAAGGUUGACAUGCUUCAAAGUAAGACAGAUGCAAAGCCAUUUUCUUCUACUGUCGGUAUUUUUAAUCUUAUGUUUGAUGUUUCUUUUAUUCAGUCUUCCAUUUAUAAGGAGUCAGUUAACACCUUGUUUACCACACACACACGUGGUUCCCACCCUCCAACACUCGUUACACUUAAUAACUGUAACUUUAAAAAAAUGCGACAUGAAGAAUAAAUACAGAGCUGCAGGCUGCGUUCAUAAAUAAAUGUGUGAGUGGAGUAUGCUCUGAAAGCAGCAGGAAAGGACAACGGAACGUUGUCUAAUGACUAUGUACAAUCUUAUUAUUUUUUCAAAAUGGUUUACCUUAACCGGAAUCAUGCUUCAGAUUGUAUCCAAAGGUCCUGGUGGAUGAAUGCACCUUUUAAAUCCUCGUUGUUGUCGUGCAAAGUGCUUUACACAGCAACAACAAGGAUUUUUUAAAAAAGCUGUAAAAGAAAUUUCCCCGAAAAAAAAAAUGUGGACAUUUUUUGACUGGUCUGAUUUAGAAUGAAGAAAAAUAGAGAGAAAACCUGCAAAAUUGUGAGGCUAGAUUGCAAUCGAUGAAUUUAUGGUCAUAAAUGAAAAUCUGCGAUCGAGUGAAUACGCAAUAAGUGAACUGCAAAGUAGCGAGGGAACAUUGUAUUCAUUUGGAACCAAAUAAGGCCCAGAACAUAAACACACGUUUCGUAACCUUUAUAAGUUGUUGUUGUUUUUUUCUGAAUGUAUUGUUUCCUAGUAAUUGUGUGGGUUUCCCCCCCCUGUCUCGAGCCUCCUAUUAAAUGCCUUCAUUCUGUUUUUGACCGUUGUGUUUGAUAUGGUGUCCUCGGUUCUGUUUUGAAAAAAGGAGGACAAUGCUUUGCUGAAACUGUCAAUGGCAAACACACUGUCUCAACCUUCAGGAUAAAAACCAUACAUUGUGAGUGUAACAGUGUCAAGAUGGUGUUUAGUUGUCUUUUAAUAUGCAAACUGUGUAAGGCAUAAGUAGAACUCCUGUCACACAGGAGCUGUACUGCUAUUGUGGCUUGUGUCAAAUUGUUCAGGUUCAGUGUGAUGUGGCAAGGUUAAAGACUUUAUAUUCACAGUGUUUAGCAAUAUGUGACUGGGUAUCAAAUGUUUUUGCCGUUUAUUUGUUUCUCUCUGGAUUAUGUGUUGUGACUUGCCAGCAUAUCGUUGUAUUACUAAUGUGCAUAGACAGGAAAAAUCCACUAUUUUUCUAUCCAUUUUAGUUUGAAAGACGGCGCUUCUUGUCGCUGUGUUUUUCCUCCUGUGUGAAGCUGUGCGCUUGGUCUCGAAUGUAGUUCACCUAAACAUUAAGUCAGCUGAAAACGGUCACCUUUAGUCAUUAUCAAACAGGGUUUCUGUAACACAUUUUAUGAGCUUUGCAUGUUUUACUGCUUCCUGUGCAGACGUUUUACCUGACUAAUGAAAAGAGGUUUCAUUAUCAGAUCAAACGGCCACUGCUGAAUCAUAUUCAUAAAUAUCUUAUGACACAGAAAAAUAGAUAAUAGUGACCAAUAUGAUAACAGUGAGCAAUUUUCAUGCGUUACGGACUGAAUGAACUGUGGCAUCGUUGAAAACAUCUGAUGAAUGCUUACCAAAAACCUCUUAUCAUUCUGCCGGGGCCAAUUGGUGUCACACACUUAUUUCCCUGUGUAGUCAAUCACACAUCCAAACGAAAAGGCCUUUUUCACCCACCCUCAAAGCUGAUCAAUGAGAGUGAAAGAACCAAACAUUCCUUUGAUCGUUUGUUUGGUGUGUCUAUCAAUCCUAAUGUUUGUUUUGCUUCUGUUGGCCGUGCACUGGCAUCAAUCCAUGUCUCCAUAUUUUUUGCAGUUCUUUUUCAUCCCAUCGUUGAGUGUUUGCCCUUCAAACUAUGCCUAUCUAAUGGUGAUCAUUUGGUCAAAUUAUACAUCAAAGCUGGGAUAUUUUUGUGUCUGAAAGUAAAUAAUGGUCGAUAUAAAGUUAUAGAGAAGUAGUGAGUUUGUUUGACUAUGAUGCAGCUUGUUCAGAAAAGGUCUGGUAAUAAGAAAUUGUGUUUUGUACUACAGUAUUUCUGUAUGGGGUGUAAUAAAUUAUACUGUUCUUUCUAUGGGAAAAUACUGAAAAUGUGACAGUCUUUGUAAGUAUUUAUCUUCAACUAAAUUAUUGUUUUGUUUUGUAGAUACAUAAGUGAUGAUGGCAAGGUAUUGGUAAUUAUGGAAUUAAUUGUUUCAUCAUCCGUCUAAUGUUCUUUUAAUGUAUUGAUGUAUAUACUGUAUGUUUGUCAAUAAACAGUUUACUUUA